AUGGCCAGCUACAGUACCUGCGCGGAAGUCAGCCCCCUCUGUCCAGUGGAGGCCACGACAUACGGCUACUAUCCAAACCUAGCAGGCAACAUCUUCUUCGCUGUUUUCUUCGGCAUCCUCGCUCUCUUCCAGCUCGGCAUAGGCAUUCACUACCGCACAUGGACCUUCAUGGUGGCAGUCGCCGUAGGCGCUAUCCUCGAACUGGCGGGCUACAUCGGCCGCGUGCUCAUGCACCGUAACCCAUGGGACUCGUCAGCCUUCAAGCUCCAAAUCGUCUGUCUAGUCCUCGCACCCACGUUCGUCGCGGCAGGCAUCUACCUCACCCUGAAACACAUCAUCCUCGCCCUGGGCCCGGAGCACUCCCGCCUCAAACCCGCCCUCUUCACCUGGAUCUUCAUCGGCUGCGAUGUGGGCUCGCUCAUCCUUCAGGCAGCAGGGGGCGGCGUUGCAGCCGCAGCGGGGAAUACGAACGUCAGCCUGCUGAAGGCAGGAGACGACAUCAUCAUCGCGGGUAUCGCGUUCCAGGUUGCGACGAUGUCCGUGUGUGGGUUCCUUGGGCUGGAGUUCUUCAUCCGGUAUUCGAAACGAGGGGCUGGGUUGUCCGGGGAGAAGACCUCCGUCGGGAGGAAUAUCAAAUGGGUCAUUGUCGGCGAGGUCUUCGCUUACAUCACCGUUCUGAUCCGUUGUAUCUACCGGUAUGUUUAUACCCUCUCCCGUUUACCUUCCCGAUCCUCUUGCAGGACACUAAACAUGGCGACCAGCAUCCCCGAAAUGGCCGGCGGAUGGGGCAACCCCUUGAUGCAGAAGGAAAACGAGUUUCUCGUCCUCGACGGGAUGUAUACCGCCACUGACAACAGCAGGAUGAUUGCACUGGCGGUUCUUGCCCUCACGGUCCUGCACCCGGGGUACUUCUUCAGGUCUAUCCGAAAGGGUUCCAAGAACCAGCUCUAG